AUGGUUCGUCGACAUGAAGCGGCUCCAGUCUACCGACGUCAGAGACGACCAGAACCGGCUGCAGUUCCCCAGGCGGAGCCAAUCUCUCAGAUCUUCACGGACGCCGAGAAGGUCCGGGUCAGGACCUCGGGCGGCAUGUCGGUCACGGCGUUCGAUCACCGGGGCCAGCAGUACGAGAUGACGUGCAAGUUAUGGAGAGACAAGCACUACCGGUUCAUGGGGCCGGGGUGGAAGAAUUUCCGGCAGGCUCACCAUCUGACGAUAGCCAAAGAAGCUCACUUGACACGGCGCGUAACGGUUAAGCUAUGGGCGUUUCGCUCACGCGCGCUGCUGCCCGAGGUCAAGGACGACGACGGCGAGGAGGAGCCCGGCCACCCGGAUGGCGCGCUCGGGCUGGUGCUGCUGCUUCUUGACGAGGGCGAGGGCGAGGAGGAAGAAGUGGCUGGUGAGGAGGUGGUGGCGCGUGACGAGAGUUAUGCAAGAAAGUUUCUGGAGCUGAGGGGUGCAGUGGCGCUUUGGCUAUUGUGGACAAGGGAUUGA